CAGGCCGUGGUGGAGCUACCUUUUACCUUGCCCCUAUUCCGCCGAAGUCCCGCUGAAUGGUACCCCGAUAGUUGAACUGCUUCGCAUCCGAGUACUGGAGUAAAGGACUUCCUUCGGGCCCGAUCAACCUACAUAGACUGGUGAGCGGAGCAAUAACAUGGCGCGGCCCCUCGCGGGCUGCCUGAACUCUACAGCAACCCACACCAUGAUCAACGGGUCGAGGUUCCGUGCCACGGUUGAAAAUCUCAUUUAGAAUUCUGGGCCCGAAUUCUUGAAUUACGCUAAUGAAUGUUUCGCAGGAGGGCGAUUCCAAUACGACAAACUCACUCGCCACAGACUCGCACAAUUUUGGUAUCUUCAGACACCUGCCAACAUGGCUGUUAGAGUCUGACGGGCACCCCCCAAGACUCAAGCAGCGUGGGGACCAUAAGUCAUGUUCCGUGCGGGGCGGUGGAGCUGCUAAACGGCCUGUUCCGCACACAGCUCGGAUCUGCAAAACGGGGUUUGCUCCAGAGGAAAGCAAACUAGACAACGUCCAUUCUGCUAAAAUGCGGUCCUGUGGUACCUUGGGAACGUGGGGACGCCGCGGGAUCUGCGUCCGCCAUUCCCUUCCGGAUCACUACCCAGAUAUUCAGGACAAGGUCCUGAUUCGUGCGUACACCGGGGUGACUACGACGAGACAACCACUAAAAACCAUUCGCAAACCCGGAUCAGCUAUACUGAUUUCUUUCGUGCUCCCUUGGUGA